UGUCUCAGUGACACCGAUUCAGUGUGCAAAAACGGUUUUCCCUCCAACUCCAGAUAAGGGAUUACAUUUUACGAACUUCCAAUCAAGGUGUGGUUAAAAAAAUGUCACAAGUACAAGAAAGGCGUUAUUGGAGAAGGGUGCUUUGCAUCAUACCAGGAGGCGAGAAUUUUGAUAGCAAUGAACGCAGAGGUUGUUGGCAUUUGCAUGUGCCGAGAGCGAUGUUGCCCCAAUUAUGGAUUCAAAUAGGUGGACUGACAAAUAAUCGGUUGCUCGGGUAUAGAGCGUCACGUUGUAUUUUCCCUCGAAGGGCAAAUCGGAACAUUUACGUAAUUUGUUGUUUCUCAAUGGAUGUUCAUAAAGAUGAGCUUCAUCAGAAACUCAUUGACCGCGGUUUUGGUGAGUAUAUUCACCAUUACACCGAUAUUCGGGAAUACCGGGGUCAGGGUGAAGAAGCAAGUACUAUUGAGCAAGAAUACGACAUUCAUGACAUAAGCAUGGAAAUUGUUAACGGUGCUGAAGAGUUUGAAUUAGUCGAAUAGGAGAAGUACUAGUAGUAGUAUGCAGUCUUUUUAUGCGAAUAAAAUGCGGCAUAAAUAUGAGCUUACUUUUAUAUAAUAGUUUACUUUUGGCUUUCCGAGUUAAUGUACAUACAUAUGUACAUACAGAGCUGAACCAGACCAAACGUACUACAAAACUCUUUUCCAUAUUUAGCAGAAGCAGAGUGAGACUCGGACUCUGGUGGGUAUCCACCACCACCGAUGACUGUCGAUUCGACAGUGCUGUAUAGUGGUCUGUCUCACUUGUCACUUUCUGACCGGAAAUAUAAAUUCAAAAAAGCUUAAGUUUUAAAUUUUGGGCGAAUUGGUAAUUCAGCAUCACAAAUUUUAAUAACUUCAAUUAUGUCUCAUUUUCUCAUGAGUGACAAUAGUUUGUUACGGCUCUUGCAAAAAUAAGUCCCUCCCCCAGAAACUUUGACCAAAAAAACUCAUGGUUCCCACACUUUGCAGUCUGACAACAAAAGAUUAAAAUGUUCGUCUCUGGAGAAGAAAAAUCUGGCAUUAGGUUGUCAGACUGCAAAGUGUGGGAACCAUGAGUUUUUUGAGGAUUUGUAUGUACGUAAAAAAACCGCGAAUUUUCAAAUUUUGAAACUCGUGAUGCAUAAAAAUGUUCGUAUUCAAGGGGGAAAUAGGAUGUCAAAUACAAGUCGAUGUCUAAUUCUUACUGUACGCUGUAUACAUUGACUUUCUCAUUUUUCAAAUUUUAUUCCCCCAUUUUUGGAGGGGGGUUAGAUGCACAUAUUUCAAAAAUCGUUACGUACCAGAUAACAAUUCGCUCUGAAUUCUCUUAUGUUUCGAUAUUACAUUCGCUUUGACAUCGAUAUCGAAUUCGCCUCGAAUUUCCAACUUUCGAGAUAAAUUCGAGGAGAUAUCGAAGGGAAAUGUCCGCCGAUUCGACAGGGAAUCGAUGGAGAAUCGUAUAUCGAUUUCGCCGGUAAGUCUUCGCGAUUUCGUCUUGAAUUCGAUGAACAUGUAAGAGUUUAUAACGAUUUCUAAACGAAUUCAAUGCGACUUCUCCACGAAUUUAAUGCGACUUCUCCACGAAUUUAAUGCGACUUCUAUACGACUUCACUGCGAAUUAAGUAAUAAAUCGAUACGAUUUCUCCUAUAUUUCGAGUUAAUCCAGCUUAUAGUUUAUUUUAUUUAUUUUAAAUAUUAUGUAAUAUACAUAACCGUUUCUAUUAAAAUAAACAUAAGUUGAAUAAUCA